AUGGUCCGACUGCCUCCCCACCAGCUGCCGCAGGAACGCACGACGCGGGUGACAGCAGCCGCCCGCCAGAGGCCACCUGCCUCGUCGUCCUCGCGUUCUGUAGCAGCGGCAGCAACAUCAUUGACUGCCAAGAGGCCCCUCAUUUACUGGCAGGCCGUGGGGGGACCAGCGCUGCUCUUCCGUGGGCCGCUGGGCAACGCAGUGGGGGAGGCGCCGGCAGGCUCUGUCAUACGUGAAGUCCGCCGCUACAAGGACCCAUUUGGCAGCUGGUGGGCCGCGUCGAGGGUGGAAGACGGCACUACAGUGUGGGUGCUGCUCUCGGUGAACGAUGCGACAAAUGGGGAUGGGGAAACCGCAUGCUGGCAGAGAGUUUACGACGAACGCUUUCUUACAGAAGCGCCUGAGAGCUCUGAUCAUCCAAAAGAAACGGGACCAGAGCGUGAGCUUAUUUCAACGGAGAAGAAUACGAGGACCCUCCCACCGUUGGACACUCUGCUUCGUGAUAUCCAGCUUCUGGAAGAGUGUUGGCAAAACGUAGCCGCUACGCCUGGGACGGGGCGGAAUUGGAAUGAGGAAUACCAGCAGCUCGUAGAAAUGGUCCUCUUUGGUGUGUGGGAGAAGAGUGUUGCGACGAGGGAGAAACUGCGCAUGUUUAUGGGGGAGUUUGCAAGAGCAGCUGAGGACGCAGCGUUCACUCUGCUAGCGGACCUUCUGCGCCCCUCUUCAGAGCGUGAGGCGCGGGCCACGAAGUGUGGCACGAUGGGGACAUUUCAGCACAAUAACCUUCUUGUGAGGCUCGUCCUUGAUGACGGUGAUGGAAAUUGCAAAGGCGAUGUGCAUGCCUGGCAGGUGGCGUCUCAGUCCAUGCAGGCAGUGCAGCUGGUUGCACUAGAGGGCCCCAAGCGGCUUCUGUCAACACCACCAACUGCGCUCGUCACGUUCACGGGGUUUCGUCUCAUUGUGACUGCAAUACCUCCUGUUGCGGUGAGCGGUGUUGUGUACCUCCCGCUACAAGAAUUGGAGCGCAGAUUGGACCCGCCAGAGUUUGUCAAGUCUCAAAUGAUGGAUCUGGGUCAGUCUAUGGGACUUCAGCUACACAACAUGAUUCUGCCGACAAGAGACGCACUUCCGGUGACUCUGCCUGUAGAUGUUGCUGUGGUUGUGGGCCACGAUAAACGCCUUUACAUCAUGAAUGCCUCGCGUGUGUUACCACACAUCGCCACAGUCGCAAGUGGGGCACCCGGUACGGAAAAAGCAGCAGGACUACGUUUCCGACCAGAGUUUUUGCUUUCAUGGGGCCGACUUCUGAGCCCUGACGCCUUUGUGGAGAAUGCCGCAACUCCUGAAGACAAUGCCGCGGUUGUCGAGGCAACGGAAUGCUUGCAUGCAGAGCUGAUCCCUGCCGUGGCGGAAAUGCUUGAUUUUCACCGUGCCGUUGAUGUUCCCCGGCAAGAUAACGCAGAAUGCACGCUGUGUUCUCUCACAAUGGAGAAUGAACUGCGUUUUGUUGUCUGUCGUGGGGAUGACAUGUGCUGCAACAUCUGCUCCCACUGCUACACUAAGCGGCUCUCUGAAGAAAAGAAGCACUCGAAUCUUUUUGGCGAUGCUGUUAAGUGUGGCAGCACUCCACGUGGCCCAAAGGGACUCUUGGUAGAGCCCUCGCUGACCUCUAUUUUCCACGCCAACGGACUGAACAUGCGCUUUCUGCCGUUUGUUUAUCAUCGCAUUUCGGAGGCAUCUCGCUUUGCGGUGGGACAUUACCUUGAGAUUGAGAUGAUUGCACGAGCCGCCGUGCGUGUUCUUCGUGAUAAGCUUCGUCGCACUGCGCAAACUAUAGGUGAUGUGAAGACGAUAUGUCAGGAUUUUCUCUUGGGUCUGUUGCAGUCCUCUGGUGCGACGGCGGAGCGUUUCUGGGCGAAGGAUCUGGGCCCUGCGUUGGAGAGUUUGUACGGCCUGCAGGAACCAUUUGACACCGUAGAUAUAGAUAUUGAGCUACUCUAUCAUCGUGUGGAACAGCUGUCCGGUGUUUUUCUAGACAAGGCAAGUGUGGCGUCCUUCCACUCUGAAAAGCCGUUUCUUCAGAUUGCGGAAGUUCGGCCGUUGGUCAAGACGAUACAACCACCCCAUGUGGAGGAUGAGGCCUCUCACAGCAAGACACGCGCAGCGCUGCUGCAACGCUUGGAGGACGUCCUGCUGUUUUGGAUUGGUGCUUCCUCAAAGAGUGAGGAAAGUGGCGGCAAGGAGCUGGCACAACCGUUCUACCUGACGGAGCGAGACAGUUGGGUGUAG